UCCGUUACUCAGUUGGUCUACGUCAAGGGGAAGUUAUGUCCCCUUUGCUAUUUUCUCUGUUUGUAGAGGACUUAGAGAUGUUUUUACAACAUAAUAUAGAGUCUGGAUUAACCAUUGACGAUGUUUUACUUAUAUUACUCCUUUUCGCCGAUGAUAUGGCCAUAUUGGGUAAAAAUUCAGAAGAAGUACAAAACCAUUUGGAUAAUCUGCUUGUGUAUUGUAAUACUUGGGGCCUUAAAGUAAACACUUCAAAAACUAAAAUUAUGGUUUUCCGUAAGAGGGGCCGCCUACACCAAAAUGAGGCAUGGACAUACGAUGGCCAAAUCAUCGAAACAGUUGAUAACUUUAAUUAUUUAGGUACUGUUAUACAUUAUACAGGUAGUUUCACAUUCAACCAAGAACAUUUAGUAGGUAAAGCCCUUAAGGCUAUGAAUACUUUGCUAUACAAGUGUAAAAUGUAUGAUCUAAAACCUAAAACACUUUGCCAGUUAUUUGAUGCAUUUGUUGGUUCUAUUCUUAACUAUGCCUCCGAAAUAUGGGGUUUUACAAAGUCUAAAGAAAUAGAACGUAUCCAUUUAAAGUUCUGUAAACGAAUGCUACAAGUAAGACUCAACAGUUGUAACGCAUGUGUUUACGGAGAGUUGGGUAGAUACCCACUUUACAUAAAUCGUUUUAUAAGAAUGUUAAAAUAUUGGUUUAAAAUUAGAUUGAGUGAUAAUAUUAUUCUCCAAACUGUGUAUAAUAUGAAUGUUGUAGAGUGUCAUAAAGGAAACAUCAAUUGGGUCUCACAUAUUAAACAGUUGUUAAACGAUUAUGGUUAUGGAUAUGUUUUUAAUAACCCUAGCUCUGUGUGUGUUAAUUCUUUUAUAUGUCAGUUUAGAAAUAGACUUAUAGAUACAUUUAAACAGGAAUGGUUUGGUACAUUAAGUAACAGUACUGUAUUAGACAUGUACAGAGUUUUUAAACCUACAAUUGUAUACGAAUCUUACUUGGAUUUGUUACCAAGGAGUUUGCGUACCCAAUUUGUUAAGUUAAGAAUUUCUGUUCACUCACUGAGAAUCCAAACUGGGAGAUAUGGGCGUAAUAAUAUUCCUCGCAACGAAAGAUACUGUGUUUGUUGCAAUAGUAGAGAUAUUGAAGAUGAGUUUCACUUUGUUUGUAUUUGUCCAUGUUUUAGUGUUUUACGACAAAAAUACCUUAAAAGUAUCACCAAUUACUGACUUCAUCCGAUAAAAACGAACUUGUCAAGUUGUGUAAAUAUAUAAAAGAAGCAUUUGUAAUUCGCAAUUCAUUUAUCAAUAAUACCAUAUAGAGUCUAACCGGUAUCACCUACAAAUCUUUCUGUCAUUAUAUGUUUAGAAAAUUUACUAUAUGCUUUUUCUUCAUUUGUAUUUUUUGUG